AUGUUAUUGACAUUAUCAGAUUACGUAUUAUUAGGAAUAUUAUUACAAUGUGAUGAUAUAGACAAGGUGUGUUUAGGAUUGACAUGUAAAAAGUUGUGGAGUACGGUCAAGAGAUAUGCAGUGUUUAACGUGGACUAUUUUGAUUUCAAAGGCAUCGAGUUGGUCAAGGAGCAUAUAGGACUCAAGUCGUUGAUCCCCAAUAUAGUACGUUCGUUGGAGCACGUGCACUAUGUGGACGACGAGAUUAGAGAGAUACCAGAGCAAGCGACACACCUCAAGUUUAGCGAUGAAUACAACACUCUUAUCAAACCUGGUCAAAUCCCAUACGGCAUACAAAGAGUUGAUUUUGGUCGAUCGUUUAAUCAACCACUCGGCUCUGAGGUCUUGCCCGCAUCCGUCACGACGCUAAAGUUUGGAUACCACUUUAAUCAACCAUUGGUGCCAAAUGAAUCGUUGCCUGCGGGGUUGCGUCAGCUUACUCUAUCAUCUCUAUUCAACCAACCAAUGUUACCGGGUUCGUUGCCCGCUGCAUUGACACAUUUACGAUUUGGACUCAACUUUAACCAGCCGAUUGGACCGGGUGUACUACCCGAGCAUUUGGUGCAUUUGGUGUUUGGCUUUUCGAUGGAGCGUGCACUCAGCGAGAUUGUUCUGCCGGAUGGUUUGAAACACCUCACGCUGGGAUGCCGCUUCAACCACGAGAUUGGCGCACAUGCGUUGCCUGCAUCUAUCGAGACACUCGAGUUGCUGUCUCUACAGCUGCCUGCAUUGCACGCCGGCUCGGUCCCACCCAAUCUCACACGUCUCACAAUUACAUGUGGUGAGAAUCCGCUCGACCCGGUCGUUCUCCCCAACUCGCUAACACACCUGCGCAUCAAUGUCAGCAGCUCCGAUCACCUCGUCGGACUAAAGAGUCUACCCCUCAAAUCACUGGUUCUACCAAAAUCGUUUGACCAGAUACUCAAUACAUCACUCUUGCCAGACACACUCGAGCACUUGGAGGCGGGCGCACCUACAUUGGCCGAUAUCACAUUGCCACCACGUCUUGUAUCACUCGCGAUCGAUGGUUUGACCCCACAAACAAUCGUCCCACACACACUCACCUCACUCACCAUCCUCAACACUUCCAACAACAUUGGAUUCAUCCCAUCGGGUGUUAGCGAACUAUCACUUUGCACCAAGUUUGUAAAGAUCAAUUUCAACCUACCACCUCAAAUCAAACAUCUCAUUUUAAAUGUAACUGGAAUUAGUUGGAAAGGUGAAGACGUACUUGAAAUCCCAUUUGGCAAGGUGAUGCAUCUCGAUCGACUCACCAUCAAUGAUAUUUACAACCCAGGCAACCGUACCACCUUUUACAUUCGUACCAUCUCUGGCAGCUUACUAGUCGUAUCUGACAAGAAUCUCUAUGGAAUGUUUAUUCCAAUCAGUGAAAAACUCUUUGACCUAAAUUUUAUUAAAAUGGUUACAACUAACAAAAAGGAAAAUCAAAAUGAAAAUUUAAAAGAAAAGGAAAAAUAA